AUGGAAACCGAUGGAGAGAACGUGAUAGAUUUCGAGACUGUCGCUGUACAGCCAGUGUCUCACCAAGCGCCGGAGUUUAACCAGGUUUCCCCAAGAAAUGGGGAUAAGAUUUACCCCAUUUGCCGCCCUGACAAAGGUGGCUCGUUGGCUGCUCGGCACGUCAGGCUUCUUGUCAACAACUUUCCCAUCACAUUCAAUUCUGAAACCAUUAUAAGGCACUACAAUAUUGACAUCAAGCCCGAGAUGCCGGUGAGGCACAGCUAUCCCGCGAGGCUAUCAAAAGCCACUUUAUCUCAAAUCAAGGAGAAGUUAUUCUCUGACAAUCGUAUGCAGUUUCCUUUAUCCAUGACUGCUUAUGAUGGUGAGAAUAACAUCUUUAGUGCAAUCCCACUGCCUUGCGGGACGUACGACGUGAAAAUAUUAUCCGAGGAAGACAACGAGGACUCCUCAUUCCGAUGCACCAUCACCCUCGUGAAUGAGUUCAAUCUCUGUAAGUUAAAGGACUACUUGGCUGGGAACUUGCUGUCCAUCCCGCGUGACAUAUUGCAAGGCAUGGAUGUGGUGAUGAAGGAGAACCCCGUCAGGCACAUGCUCUCGAUCGGCCGGCAAUUCUAUCCUCUCGAGUAUCAUGAGGAAGAUGACCUCAGAUGUGGCGUCGCGGCGUUCAGGGGAUUCCAACACAGCUUGAAGUUGACCUCCCAGGGUCUCGCGUUGUCUCUCGAUUACUCGGUCAUGGCCUUCCGAAAGAGGAUGCCAGUUAUUGAUUUCCUCAAGGAGAACAUACGUGGGUUCAGCAUCAACCAGUUUGCACGGUAUAGGAGGGAAGUCGAGCAGGUGUUGGAGGGGGUGAAGGUCACUGUGACCCACCGCAGGACCAAACAGAAGUAUAUGGUGGUUGGGUUAACCAAUGACACCACACGCUCGAUAUCUUUCAGCUGCGAGAGCUCCGAGGGCAAGAUGAAGAAGAUCAACCUGGUGAACUACUUCUGGGAGAAGUAUAAAAUUGAGAUUAAGUAUAAGGACAUUCCUUGCCUGGAUUUCAGCAAGAACAACAAGAAAAAUUACAUGCCGAUGGAGUUCUGCGUGUUGGUCGAGGGGCAGAGGUACCCAAAGGAGAAUUUGGAGAGAGACGCUGCCUUCAUGCUGAAGAAACUCUCCUUGCCUCCACCGCAUAUCAGAAAGAAGUACAUUUACGACACGAUAAGGUCGAACAACGGACCUUGCGGAGAUGUCGGCCAAAACUUUGGAAUCAAAGUCGACCUGAACAUGGCGAAAGUGGUUGGACGUGUAAUCGGACCUCCUGAGCUAAAGCUUGCGACUUCGAAUGGCAAGGUGAUCAAGAUAGAAGUUGAUAAAGAGAAAUGCCAUUGGAAUCUAAUGGGGAAAUCAGUCAUAGAUGGGAAGCCAAUCGAAAGAUGGGUCAUCGUCGAUUUCAGCAGGUCGGACCGGAAUCAGCUUAACUAUAAGCUGUUCAUCCAAAAGCUUAUAAGCCGAUGCAGAAACUUGGGGAUUCGCAUGGAAGAACCGCUCUUUUAUCAAGAUGCCACAAUGAGCAUGUUCUCCAAUGUGGCUAAAUUGACUGAGCUGCUAGAGGAUGUCAAUGACCGUGCUUGCAGAGUUGGGAGACGGCGUCCUCAAUUCCUUCUUUGCGUCAUGUCUAGAAGGGACAUCGGCUACAAGAACCUCAAAUGGAUCUGCGAGACACGAGUCGGGUUAGUUACUCAGUGUUGCCUAUCCAUGCAAGCCAAUAAAGCGAACGAUCAGUAUCUGGCUAAUUUGGCCCUCAAGAUCAAUGCCAAGCUUGGGGGCAGCAAUGUGGAGUUAUUCAAUCGAUUCCCGCAUAUCGACAGCAAGGGACAUGUGAUGUUCCUUGGUGCCGACGUCAACCAUCCCACAUCUCACAACACAAGAAGUCCGUCAUUUGCUGCCAUUGUUGGUACCGUCAACUGGCCUGCUGCCAAUCGCUAUGCUGCAAGGGUGCGACCUCAGCUCCACCGACGAGGGGAGAUGUGUCUUGAGCUCGUCGAGACAUACGCUCAUUUGAAUCGAGUUAGGCCCGGGAAACUCAUAUUGUUCCGCGAUGGUGUGAGUGAAAGCCAAUUCGAUAUGGUUCUGAACGAAGAAUUGCAGGAUUUGAAGAAGGCUUUCUAUAAGAAAGAUUACAAGCCGACCAUCACGAUCGUUAAGCGCCACCAAACUCGUCUUUUCCCAGAGAGGGACAUCGAUGGGGGUCCCACAGGGAACGUGCCACCAGGGACAGUCGUGGACACAAGAGUUGUGCAUCCUUUGGAAUUUGACUUCUAUCUGUGCAGCCACUACGGCAGCCUCGGGACAAGCAAGCCAACCCAUUACCAUGUCCUCUGGGAUGAGCACAAGUUUAGCUCUGACGACUUGGAGAAGUUGAUUUACAGUUUAUGCUUUACCUUUGCUCGAUGCACCAAACCAGUGUCUCUAGUCACGCCUGUGUACUAUGCUGAUCUCGUCGCCUACAGAGGAAGGCUGUAUCACGAAGCGGUGAUGGAGCAUUCUCCAAGUUCGAUGGCGUAUUCAUCAUCCUCAAUGGCAUCAUCAUCGUUCCCAUCUAUUGGUUCGAAUGAAGACCGAUUUUGCAAGCUGCACGCUGAUGUGGAGAACGUGAUGUUCUUCAUUUGA